AUGGCCAAAUCUGCUUCUUUUACAUUUGCAACACUGCUGUUGGGCGCCCAAUUCGGUCUCGCUGCCCCCUCUGAUGCAACCAAGAAAGCCUGUGCUGAGAUCAACAAUGCUCUCCCAGGCAAGGUUCUCACUCCUGGCCUCCUCACGGUAGAGUAUACAUACGAGACGCAACAGUAUUGGGCAACAAACCUCCGCGAGGUUGAUCCCGCAUGCAUUGUUCAGCCAAACUCUGCUCAGGAUGUAUCAAUCGUUGUCAAGAUCUUGAACAAGUACCCAAGCGUCCAGUUUGCUACUCGCAGUGGAGGCCAUGACCCUAACAAUGGACACGCUACCGUUCAGGACGGUGUUGUAAUCACAAUGACUGAUCUGGUAGGGGCGACGUAUGACUCAGACGACGAUGUUGCCUAUGUCAGACCAGGGGGAGAAUGGAACGACGUCAUUGGUGAUCUCGAAAAGAGCGGGGUGGCUAUUUCUGGCGGAAGACUUGGACUUGUCGGUGUGGGUGGACUGUUGCUCGGAGGCGGACUCUCGUUUCUCAAUGCUCAAGAAGGGCUCGCGGCUGAUAACAUUAUCGAGUGGGAGACAGUCAUGGCUAACGGCUCAGUGGUAAACGUAAAUGCUGACACACAUCCUGACCUUGCGCAAGCGAUGCGUGGGUCAGGUGGCCAAUUCGGCAUCGUUACCCAGUUCAAGGCAAAGGUCCACCACAUGGGUGAUAUAUGGGGUGGCUCCUGCGCCUAUGAUGCCACCAAAGAUGACGAGUUGUAUGCUGCUCUACAUAACUUUGUUGGUCAUGGCGCCGAAGAUCCAAAGGCCGCCAUCAUAUUUUCGGAUCUAGUCCUUGCCGCUGGUGUCAAGACGAAGCUCAUCUUCUACUUUUAUGACAAUCCCAAACCGCCCACGUCCGGCCCUUUUACGGACUUUUUCAAAGUUCUUAACGUGGCUUGCGUGCCCAGAACCCAAAAGUACUCCGAGCUAUUGAAAACAAAUGGCGAACCAGUCCGUCUCUUGAAUGCUCGAUCGUUCUUUCGCACAUACACCAUCCCCUACAUUCCCUCUCGUCCUCAAAUGUAUAAAGAGAUCCGUGACAAUAUGGCUAACCUUUCUGGUCCCUUCCUCACCAUACCACCCCUUGUUCGCGCCAUCCAGUUCAGCGUUGACUUUCAGCCACUACCGUCCAUUUUCGGUAAGGUCUCGGCAACCAAAGGCGGCAACGCCAUGGGUCUUACAUCUUCGGACCCCGACCGCAUCGUAUUAAUCUACCAAGGAGCCUGGAACUUGGCAACGGAUGAUGAGUUGGCAUACGGAAUCGCUAGGAAGAUCACGGCUUGGUUAGAUGAGGUCGUACCUCAAUGGCUGGAGGAGGCUGGUAUGCCCAAGGACUUGUAUUUGCCACUCUUCAUGAACGAUGCCAUGUGGGAUCAGCCUGUCUUACAGAGCUACAGGGACUAUGAAAAGUUCAAGGCGUUGCAGAAGAGUGUUGAUCCAAACGGCUUUUUCAGUACCAGGUCAGGCGGCUUCAAGUUCUAGUCUUGACAUUGCUGAGAGUAGUAUCGCUCUGUGGUUUGGUCGGGUGACUGUCAAUUGGAAGCGUUUUGAUUUG